AAAAAUAAAAUGAAUAAAGAGAUAUAGAAGAACUGGUACGGGUCUCAAGAGACAGACAUGGGCAAGGAUCUUGGGAAUCUCAGAAAAUAAUUUGAAAUUUGCAUCAUCAGAACCUCAAACUGACACAAACAGAUAAUGGGAACAGACGAAGUUGGAGGGGUUUCUGCAGAUUUCCACCACAUAGAACUCAUUGGUGCUGAAAGAGUAUCGCACAGUGGACCUUUGAACAAAAGGAUUGGCAAAAGAAGUGCCAAGUUCAAUCCUUCCCCCUCCUCCUCAGCCAUAGAUCUUCCCCACACCAAUGAUGAUGAAGAGGACUACGUUGAAGUCACUAUGGAUAUUCAAGGUGAAUCCGUUGCUUUACGCAGUGUUAAAGCCGUUGCAGGGACCAUUGAUGAUGAUCACAGGGAAGAUGAGACAGUGGAUUUGCUUGGCAAAGGCAUCGAGAAGAAGAGGUCCUUUGGUGCUUCAGUUGUGCGGAGUGCGUCCAUUCGCAUGAAGCAGGUUUCUCAGGAGUUGAAGCGUUUCACUUCAUUUUCCAAAGAAGGAGCACCGGCGAAGGUGCACUUUGAUAGGACCAAAUCUGCAGCAUCUCAUGCUCUCAAGGGACUCAAGUUUAUAAGCAAGAAUGAUGGCGGUGUUGGCUGGGUUGAGGUUGAGAAGCACUUUGAUGCUCUUACUGCUUCCACUGAUGGGUAUCUUCAUCGUUCUCUCUUUGCCAAAUGCAUAGGCAUGAACAAGGAGUCUGAAGCCUUUGCUGGGGAGCUUUUUGAUGCUCUUUCUCGGAGGAGGGAUAUUCGUGGGGAUUAUAUUAACAAGACCCAGUUGAAGGACUUCUGGGACCAGAUUUCUGACCAGAGUUUUGAUUCUAGGCUUAGAACAUUCUUUGACAUGGUUGAUAAAGAUGCGGAUGGAAGAAUCACUGAGGAAGAAAUUAAUGAGAUUAUCUGCCUUAGCGCCACGACCAACAAACUCUCAAACAUACAGAAGCAGGCAGAGGAAUAUGCGGCUUUGAUCAUGGAAGAACUGGACCCUGAUGACACAGGAUUUAUCAUGGUAAAUGACUUAGAGAUGCUCUUGUUGCAUGGACCAAGUCAUUCUACAAGAGGAGAUAGUAAGUACCUGAGCCAAUUGCUAAGCUUAAAGCUUAAGCCUACGUAUGAAGACAAUCCGAUUAGGAGAUGGUAUAGAGAUACCAAAUACUUCCUGCAGGACAAUUGGCAGAGAACUUGGGUAUUGGUACUGUGGAUUGGUGUGAUGUCAGGUCUAUUUGCCUACAAAUUUGUGCAGUAUCGGAGAAAAGCUGCGUAUGAGGUAAUGGGGCAUUGUGUAUGUAUGGCCAAAGGUGCAGCUGAGACACUUAAAUUGAACAUGGCUAUUAUCUUGUUGCCUGUUUGUCGAAACACCAUCACCUGGGUCAGGAAUAAGACCAAGCUUGGCAUUAUGGUUCCUUUUGAUGACAACCUCAACUUCCACAAGGUGAUAGCUGUGGCAAUAGCAAUUGGCGUUGGUAUACAUGCUAUUUAUCACCUAGCUUGUGACUUUCCUCGCCUUCUUCAUGCAAGUAGUGAAAAGUACAAGCUAAUGAAACCUUUUUUUGGAGAUCAACCAUCAAAUUAUUGGCAUUUUGUCAAAUCAUGGGAAGGAGUGACAGGGAUUAUAAUGGUUGUUCUGAUGGCAAUAGCCUUCACACUGGCUAGCCCUUGGUUCAGGAGAGGCCGGGUCAAGCUACCCAAACCCUUCAACAAUCUCACUGGUUUCAAUGCCUUUUGGUACUCACAUCAUCUAUUUGUCUUUGUCUAUGCUCUUCUGAUUGUGCAUGGAAUCAAACUAUACUUGACCCAGGAAUGGUACAAGAAAACGACGUGGAUGUAUUUGGCUAUUCCCAUCAUCAUUUAUGUAUUGGAAAGAUUGACUAGAGCACUCAGAUCAAGCAUCAAGGCUGUGAGAAUAUUAAAGGUGGCUGUUUAUCCUGGAAAUGUGCUGAGUCUUCAUAUGUCAAAGCCUCAGGGAUUUAGAUACAAGAGUGGACAAUACAUGUUUCUCAAUUGUUCUGCCGUGUCUCCAUUUGAAUGGCAUCCAUUUUCUAUAACCUCGUCCCCUGGUGAUGCUUACCUUAGCGUUCAUAUCAGGACACUUGGUGAUUGGACCCGGAGUCUCCGAGUCAAGUUCUCAGAGUGUUGUCAGCCACCCAACAACGGGAAGAGUGGACUUUUAAGAGCUGAAUACUUGCAAGGAGAUGGCAGUCCAAGCACUUUUCCUAAGGUUCUGAUUGAUGGUCCAUAUGGAGCGCCUGCACAAGACUACAAGCAGUACGAGGUGGUUUUGCUGGUGGGGCUGGGAAUUGGAGCCACCCCAAUGAUCAGUAUACUGAAGGACAUAGUGAACAACAUCAAGGCCAUGGAAGAGGAAGAAGAAGGGACCACCAUAGAGGAGGGAGCAAGUGGGUUUGGUGGUAAAUCACCAAUUUCAUCCCCACACAAGAAAACUGGUUCGAACUACAAGACUAGGAGGGCCUACUUUUACUGGGUGACCAGAGAGCAAGGUUCUUUUGACUGGUUCAAAGGGGUUAUGAAUGAGGUAGCUGAAGAGGAUCACAGGGGAGUGAUUGAGCUCCACAACUAUUGCACUAGUGUCUAUGAAGAGGGUGAUGCUCGCUCUGCUCUUAUUGCAAUGUUGCAAUCACUAAAUCAUGCUAAGAAUGGCGUGGACAUUGUCUCUGGCACGCGUGUCAUGUCUCACUUUGCUAAACCCAAUUGGCGCAGUGUCUACAAGCGCAUUGCGGUUAAUCAUCCACAAGCCCGCGUUGGGGUAUUUUACUGUGGGCCACCAGCGCUAACCAAAGAGCUUCGUCAGUUAGCUUCGGAUUUCUCUCACAACACAACCACCAAAUAUGACUUCCACAAAGAAAAUUUUUAAUAAUAAGAUGGACAAUAUUAUUGUAAAGAAAAGGAUAAGCUGUGUCUUGUUGAUAAUAAUUAACCCUUGUGUAUUCAGUGUAGGAAUUAUUACGUCUUGGUGUAAUGAUGAAGGGUUGAUGUGAGUUAAAAUGAUUAAGUUGGGUGUCGGCCACCAAAUACCAAAGGUGUGAAAAUGUGAAUGGAUGGCAACGGCAUCACUAGUGGAUCGCGAGAUGUGCAUCGCAUCGCAUGCUGCGCAAUGAGAUCCAAACACUGAAGGAGUAAUAUUAAUAUGGCAAUUGGCAAAAAUAAUAGAAGUGGAAGAGGGUUAAUUUGUCCAACCGGAAUAGGUGGCAACACUUACAUUACAUUGAGCCCUUAAAAGAAUUGGUCUACCAUUGCAUCGUAAACUCUGAACCGUUUAUUUUGUUUAUAUAUUAACCGAUGGUUCAAAAGGAAGGCCUAAUGAUCAUUGUCGCAGGUCACAUUUUUUGCAUUGAGAAAAUUUAUGACUUUUAAAC